GAAAUGUUCUACAGAGAAGAAAAAUGUAGACUCAUCUAGGAAAGUCCGGGCAGGAGAGAAGCUUAGCUGUGAAGACUGUGGCAAAGCAUUUAUUGGAAAAUACGCUUUAAACAAACACAUGAGAAUCCACACAGGAGAGAAGCCUUUCUGUUGUGAUCUAUGUGGACAAAGAUUUAGCCAAAGAGGAAAUUUAACCGCACACAUGAAAAUCCACACAGGACAUAAGCCUUUCUGUUGUGAUCAUUGUGGACAAAGAUUUAGCCAAAAGGCAACUUUAAACAGGCACAUGAGAAUCCAUACAGGACAAAAGCCUUUCUGCUGUGAUCUUUGUGGACAAAGAUUUAGCUUAAAAUCAAGUUUAAACACACAUGUAAAAAUCCACACGGGACAGAAGCCUUUCUGUUGUGAUCUAUGUGGACAAAGGUUUAGCCAAAGAGGAACUUUAAACACACACAUGAGAAUCCAUACAGGAGAAAAGCCUUUCUCUUGUGAUCUAUGUGGACAAAGAUUUAGCCACAAAUCACAUUUAAACACACAUAUGAGAAUCCACACAGGAGAGAAGCCUUUUUGUUGUGACCUAUGUGGACAAAAAUUCAAACACAAAUCACAUUUAAACACACACAUGAGAAUCCAUACAGGACAGCAGCCUUUCUGUUGUGAUCUAUGUGGACAAAAAUUUAGCCAAAACUCUAAUUUAAAAACACAUAUGAGAAUCCAUACAGGACAGAAGCCUUUCUGUUGUGAUCUAUGUGGACAAAGAUUUAGCCUAAAAUCAUAUUUAAACUCACACAUGAGAAUCCACACAGGACAGAAGCCUUUCUGUUGUGAUCUAUGUGGAAAAAGAUUUAGCCAAAAAGCAACUUUAGACAGACACAUAAGAAUCCAUACGGGACAGAAGCCUUUCUGUUGUGAUCUUUGUGGACGAAGAUUUAUCCACAAAUCAAAUUUAAACACACACAUGAGAAUCCAUACAGAAAAGAAUAUGGCUCUGCUUUGAAUACUAACUCAAACUGCACAUCUGUAGUUUGCUGUGAGAUGUUUGUGUGUUUUCAUCAAAGGCAACAGGUUUCACUUGCUGGUUUCAGAAUUUCUUUCGUAGCUAAACAUUGUCAUAACACAUUUAAAGUUUUUUUUCACUGUAUUUCAUUUGCUCAGACUGAGCUGUAACACAGAUGUGUUCUUAGUCUAUGCUCGCUGCUCCAACCACCAGACCCCCCCUCCUAGGUAGUGAGAUUUUUUUUUAAGAGUGUCUGAUGUCUUUUUCACUUUAAGCGUUUAGUUAUCUUGUGACUUUAAUUUAGAAAAACAUGGAUGUUUAUCCUUGAUAGGUGAGUGAGUUGCACUGUUUCAGCUUUGACCAUAAAAUCAGAGCCUUGUGAUAACCACUCAAAAAUGCUGACUUUGUUUUCCUUAACUAUUUUGGUAUUUUCCAUUUGGAAGACCCAUUUGUGCCCAAGCUUUAACUUUCUUGCUGCUGUCUUAAGAUGUUGCUUCAGAAUUUCCACAUAAUGGUAAUUAGUCAUGAUGCCAUUUAUUUUUGUGAAGUGUAACAGUCCUAACCUGACUCCGCAUAUCCAUCUGGAAACCUUCCGUUGAAGUAAU